GUGGUCAUGCCUUACGUGUUGGUGCCUUAGACAGCUCAGUGUCCCAUUUUCCCAGUGGCUCGGCUUCCCAAGGGACACAGGGUUCUCCUGCUCCUGCGUCGCGAUCAGAGAAGACUAAUCCUGCUCCACAGACACCUCUGCAGAAAGAAAAAGCAAACUUAGCUGCGUAUGUCCCACUGCUGACACAGGGAUGGGCAGAAAUCCUAGUGCGCAGACCCACAGGUAACACAAGCUGGCUAAUGAGUCUGGAGAACCCGCUCAGUCCAUUUUCGUCAGAUAUUAACAAUAUGCCCCUGCAAGAGCUCUCUAAUGCACUCAUGGCUGCAGAGCGUUUUAAAGAACACCGAGAAACAGCUCUAUAUAAAUCCCUCUCUGUCCCCUCCUCCAGCUUGGCCACCGGGACAACCAAACCAUCACUUCUCCAGCGUUCCAACACAGUGGCCUCUUUCUCUUCCAUGUACCAGUCCAGUUGUCAAGGGAAGUUGCACAGGAGCAUAUCCUGGGCAGAAUCAGCGGUGGUGCUGGAGGAAGGGAGCCCGUCGGAAAUGGAGCUAAAGGAAACCGAGUCCCCAGCUGAGUCUCCAGAGAGUGAGGACAUUGAGACUUCGUGUUCUGAACAAGUCCUGAGCGAGGAAAGGUUUGGUAAACCCCAGGAGUCUUACAGCAGGUCCUCUUCAACCUCCAGCCAAGAAGAAAAAUCUCUGAAGUCGGAAGACUUGGUGGAGGGUGGAAUUCCCAUCGGGAGAGUCCUACCGUCAGAGGACGGCCGAACACUGGAGGAGCUUUCCUUCCAGCCAUCCCAGCCGCUCAGCAAGUCGAGUUCUUCCCCCGAGCUACAGACACUGCAGGAGGUCCUCAAAGAUGCAAAUGGCAGAGAAGUAACAAGGAGGCUGAGCACAGAAGUGAAAUCAAAAUCCCAGUCUGGGAACCUGGAAGGGGAGGGCCUGGGCAGUUGGCUGGGCAAGGGGGAGGACGCCAGAGUGACUGGGUCAGGCGGGUUGGAUGGCACCGGUCCCGUCACCUCACCUCGCUCCCCCUCUGGGCACCGGCCACGAGGAUACACCAUCUCUGACUCAGCCCCAUCAAGGAGGGGAAAAAGGAUCGAGAGAGAUGCCUUCAAGAGCAGAACAGCAGCCUCCAAUGCUGAGAAAGUACCCGGAAUAAACCCAAGCUUUGUGUUUUUGCAGUUGUACCACUCCCCAUUCUUUGGCGAUGAAAACAACAAGCCCCUCUUGUUGCCAAAUGAGACGUUUGAAAGAUCGGUGCAGCUCCUGGAUCAAAUUCCUUCUUACGACACACACAAGAUUGCAGUGCUCUACGUUGGAGAAGGCCAGAGCAACAAUGAAAUCGCAAUUCUGUCAAAUGAACACGGAUCCUAUCGCUAUACAGAGUUCCUGACUGGGUUAGGGAAGCUCAUUGAGCUCAAAGACUGUCAGCCAGAUAAGAUCUACCUUGGUGGCCUGGACGUGUGUGGGGAGGAUGGACAGUUUACCUACUGUUGGCACGAUGACAUUAUGCAAGCCAUUUUCCACAUUGCUACUUUGAUGCCCACAAAGGAUUUGGAUAAAUAUCGCUGUGACAAGAAAAGGCACCUUGGGAAUGAUUUUGUUUCUAUUGUUUACAAUGAUUCUGGAGAAGACUUUAAACUGGGAACAAUAAAGGGUCAGUUCAAUUUUGUGCACGUUAUCAUCACGCCACUUGACUAUGACUGUAACCUGGUGACGCUGCAGUGUCGGAAAGACAUGGAGGGUCUCGUAGACACGAGUGUCGCCAAGAUCAUCUCUGAUAAGAACCUGCCAUUUGUAGCCCGUCAGAUGGCCUUGCACGCUAACAUGGCUUCCCAGGUUCAUCACAGUCGAUCAAACCCUACUGACACCUAUCCAUCCAAAUGGAUUGCAAGGCUACGUCAUAUCAAGAGGCUAAGGCACCGGCUGCGUGAAGAAACCCAGUACCAGACUCCUGGCCUUCCCCUGCAGAUGCAUCCAUCGGCUCCGACAAAGCCCCCUCCCCAGAUCCCUCAGGACCCUCCACCCACCUACGAGACUGGACAGAGGAAGCGGCUGAUCUCUUCGGUGGACGACUUCACCGAGUUUGUGUAG